AUGGAUCCUCUUGCAAGCGAAGACACCACCAAUGCGCCUGGAGCUGUGUCUGAUGAAUUGAUCCAAGCCGAGAAUGAGCAGGUCGAGGAGCAGCAGCAGGAGCACCAACAAGAAGCUCAAGAUGCAGAAGACACCUCCAUGAUGGACGACACAAACGUCAAGUCACCCUCGGACAACCCGCUGGAUGCGCCUGACGGCCCUCCCGCCGAAAAUGACGGCCAACCCGCCGACGACGAGGACAUGGCAGAUGCCAACGAGGAUGCUAAGGACGCCCCAGAAGCUGCCGAAGAUACCAUGGACGCAACACAACCCCAAGACACACAGCAACAGACAAAGUCACAAGUCGAGGCAUCUGCUCGCUCACAUCUGAUUGAGCAAACCCACGCCAUCAUCCUGCCCUCAUACAGUGCCUGGUUCGACAUGCACCAAAUACACAACCUUGAGCGCAAGGCUCUGCCCGAGUUCUUCAACUCGCGCAACCGCUCAAAAACACCCGCUGUCUACAAGGACUACCGCGACUUCAUGAUCAACACAUACCGCCUGAACCCCCAAGAAUACUUGACUGUCACUGCUUGCCGUCGUAACUUGGCUGGUGAUGUCUGCGCCAUCAUGCGCGUUCACGCCUUCCUCGAGCAGUGGGGCUUGAUCAACUACCAAGUACGGUCGCGCAAAAAUACUCGCCUGAUAGUUCACAGACUAACAACCUCUAGNAUUGACCCUGAUACUCGACCAUCCAACAUCGCGCCACCAUUCACUGGCCAUUUCCGCAUCACCGCCGACACUCCUCGUGGUCUGCAACCCCAUCAACCUGCUCCGAACUCGACAGUCACUGCUGGACGCCUAAACCCUGCUACCGACCGUCUAGCAAGCGCUACCCCUGCUAUUAAGUCCGACUUGCACCUGGAAGUCAGACGAAACAUCUACGAAUCUACCGGAAAGGACGUCACCUCUAAGCAGGAGAACGGCACUGAUCUUGAAGAAUCACUCAAACAGCCUGGCAAGCAAUACUUCUGUUACUCAUGCGGCAAAGACUGCACACGCGUACGCUACCACAACGCAAAGGCCCCUCCGGCAUCUGUCGCUGGNAAAAACGGCGCCAUGCUCAAAUUCGACCUGUGCCCUUCGUGUUUCAUGGAGGGUAGAUACCCCAACUCAACCGGUCCGGCCGACUACACCAAGCUGGAGAAUGAGAAAUACACAACUAUCGCUGAUCGCGAGGCGCCCUGGGCUGACUCGGAGUUGUUGCUGUUGUUGGAAGGCUUGGAGCUGUUUGACGAGAACUGGGAACAGAUCGCUAACCAUGUUGGAAGCCGCACAAGGGAAGAGUGUGUUCUCAAGUUCUUGCAGCUUGAGAUCGAGGACAAGUACCUCGAGGGUGAAGACACAGUCGACGGUGCCUCAAACAACCUCGGCUUCCUAAGCAAUGGCCGUGUUCCUUUCUCACAAGCAGACAACCCAGUCAUGUCUGUCAUGAGCUUCCUCGCUGGUCUGGCUGACCCUUCAGUUGCCGCAGUCGCAGCAGGCAAGACAGUGGAACAGAUGAGAAAGCAGCUUCGCAGCAACUUGGAGAAAGAGUCAGCACCGGUCGAAUCAGAGAAGGAGAAGGAGACUUCGGCUGAACAAGCAGAGCCCUCAAAAGACGACAACUCGAUGGAGGUUGAUGACAAGCCCACAGCCGAGAAAUCCUCAAGCCCUAAGCCUCUUAAGGAGGAGCCCAAGGACGCUGCAUCCUCACCCGCCACAUUGGCUCUCAGCCUGACAGCCGCUCGUUCCUCAGCUCUGGCCUCACACACCGAACGUCACAUCAGCUCGCUAGUUUCCUCAGCCGUCAACCUGCACAUGCAAAAGCUCGAGCUCAAGCUGCAACAAUUCGACGAAAUGGAGACUUUGCUCCAGACCGAGCGCAGAGACCUAGAACGCCAACGUCAACGCCUCUUCUUCGACCGCCUGCAAUUCAAGCGCAGAGUCGCAGACGUCGAGACCAAAUUCGCAAGCAUGGGUGUUUCCGUCGGGCGCGAUGUCAGAGCAGCCGCUCAGGGCGAAGCACAGGACAAAGGAGACAAGCUUGGAGUCGUGGGAACCCAGGAAGGCGCAGCUGUUGCUCAGCAAAGCGAUGACAUCAAACCUGCCAGUGCGGAUGAGGCUGGCUACAAGACUGCCGACAUGUAG